GCAGCCGCCGGCGGCGGGAGGCGCACGCCGCUCUCCGCGCUCGGGACCCUACUCUGCUCGCUGUGUACGCCCGCCCAUCUGCGCUCACCAUGGCCAACAUUCAGCAGCUGGUAGGAAGAUGGCGCCUGGUGGACAGCCAAGGCUUUGAUGAAUACAUGAAGGAACUAGGAGUGGGACUGGCUCUGAGAAAAAUGGGUGGAAUGGCCAACCAUAUUGUAUCAUCUCCUACGACGGCAAAAACCUCACCAUCAAACCGAGAGUACUUUGAAAACAACACAGUUUACUUGUCCCUGGGAGAAAAAUUUGAAGAAACUACAGCUGAUGGCAGAAAACUCAGGUCAGUCAUACAUGUUAUAAGAUUGCAGAAGUUUCUAGAAUGA